CCUUACAUUACAUUGAGCCGAAAUGGUCGCGUAUAUGUAUAUAGUAUCAAAGAUACGAAAUUGUAAAAACGUAUAAUCAGCUCUUUUGACUCUUCCCCUUCUAAAUUAUAUUCCUACCAUCCCCUCCCCCCUAGGAUAUUAUUCUAUUAUUUGUUCUAUUCGAUACACACAAUGGCGGGAGACUACGACUACGAUCUGCCAACAAUUAACAGGUGGAUUGCACAGGGUAAGCUGACCAAGGACCAUAUUAUGUCACGCCUUGACGGUAUUGUCCAGAACGGCGUAAUCGGUUUAGAAGACAAGCAGGCCCUUCAAGCUACUUUCGCAUCGGCAUCUAGCUGCGCUCCCUCGGGCGAUGGAGAUACCUUGACCGAGCUGGCCUUCAUCUCUCUUCUACAAUCUAAGGCUGGCCUUCCCCGAAACCCCGAAGGCGCCGAAGUCGGGAAGAUCAUUUAUGAGAUGCUCGUUUACCUUAGCACUUUACCAUUUCCAACGCGGCCGCAUCAUCUUCAACCAGAGGGUCUCACCUUAGUGCAGAUCGCUCGAGCCUUGGCCUGGGCGCUGUCGGAUAGGAAUAAGUAUAUCUUUGACGAGUGUAACCAUUCGCGGAUGCGAACGCGAUCGGACCACGACCGCAUAAUCUUUCAGAGCCUAGCUAACAGCACUGUUCCCGCCACGAUGCAAGAUGAGGUGCGGCGGCGUGUGAACGAGCUCGCUCACCGCAAUCUUUUCGAUGUUAACGAGUUCUUUCAUGAUCUUUGCGGGCUGAACAACGAUGCUGAUGGUGACGAGAUUUAUCAUGACCUAUUAGAGGUAAUAUACUCGACACAGGAGGAGGUGCCCCCAGGGCUAGCAAACGUGCCGCGGGACAAGUUCCGAUCUAUUGCGAAGCAGAUCAAAGCGGACGAGAAACUGCCAGAGUUGCAUACUCUUUCGAUCCCGGUACCACGAUUAGAGGUAUUUGUGAAGGUCAUGUUGGCGCUACAAUUCGAGACUGUCACUUCUGGACAGAAUUCUAUUGAGCUAUCACAAUUUGACGAUGCGGCACGAUGCAUCUGUACCGCUUUUAUACAGGACCAGGAUGAAUCUCAAGGCUUAAACGCAGGCGCAUCGGGAGUUAUAACCUGGCCCUCAUAUCACCAAGCCUUAAGAACAUCUUCGCCGUACCUGCUAUACCCCUUCUACCGGCUGCUCACACUCGCUUUUCUGGAUAAGCCGGGCACUUUUGAUAUUAUUGAUUCAUCCGAACCUAUUCCUCACAUCCCAGCCGACGCGGUGCUCACUCGAUCGCGAGCGAGUCAGCUCAAUACAUUCCUCGCUCAUUCUACCUACGGUCCAGACUUACGGCGCAUGAAAUACUAUGUCUCAUCGAACUUACCUACACCAGCAUUCCUUGCACAGGCCAUCCAAGACGUACCCGAUGAGGCCAUAGUGCUAUUUGCCGGGCAGGCCACAGGUACCGGGCCGGCAAAGGGGAAACUCUGCGUCUUCGGACUUUUCAGCCCGAAGCCCAAAGAGGACCGCUCCCAUAUUCUAGCCCGUGCAGACUUUAGGCCUAACGCCGAGGGGCAGCAGCAAUGCACGUUAUUCCAGCUUGCGCCCAGCCAGGACUUAUACCAGGGGGUCGCUGGGGCAGCGGGAUGGAGUACCACCGUCGAUGCUGACGGUAGUGAGAAUGUCAUAUUUGGACGUGCUACUAGUAUUGACGAUAUUGGAGGAGAAAGGGGGGGAGUAGUGCUUACGCUUCGGGAUGGUUUAAGACGCGGGGAAGUUAGACACCGGGGUAGAGGCGUCGACGUGAAUAUAGAUUCACGCACAGAUAGCCGAGCAGGAGAAGUAACUUACAAGGCAAAUCCGAGUCGUAGUGAUUGGGUACUGGAAUUUGACAUCGAUAAAAUUGAGAUCUGGAGUGAGAUUAACGGUAGCGAGUCUAACUAGGAAAUCGGGAACAAACCUACCUCCAUAGGCUAUCGAAUCCAAGUGUUUCCGCACAUUUAUUAAGAAUAAUGAUGGUCCAGAUAGCGUGAGUGGUGUGUCUAGCUUUACCGGUGCUGGAAA